UCCUCUCACACUCGCACUCCUCCCAGUGGCCUUAUUUCCAUAUAAACUGACCAAGGCGGCUGCGAAGAAAACCAUCUUUUUUCUAUUGACAUUUUCAAUUGAAAUACUCCCAGCCUUUGAAUGCUGACAUAUUCUACUUUGCACUCUUGCUCUUUCAUCCAUCCAUCUCUCCGUUUUUUACGCUCUCUCGCUUACUUUAACUCUCAACCUUAACUUGUACUUUUAAGCACUCGCAUAUUGUUUUCUGCUUUGCUUUUUUUUACCACUCUUGUUCACUACGACUCGCAGUGAAAGCUUUCUAUUUCUUAUUUCUCUUGUUCACUACGACUUGCAGCAAAAACUUUCUGUUGCUUUUUUUUCUUAUUUCAAAUACGCCUUCUCUAUUUUUAUUUUUAUUUCUCUAAACGCGUAUUUACGAUGGACAACAGCACUAUCGCCAACAACAGCGGAUUGGGCGCGCCGGCCGCCAAAAAUGCUGGGCCACAGUCUUACACAGAGGUAGCUUCUGAGAAAGGCUGGCCCGAGGCUCCGCGUGGUAGGCUUAUGGCGGAAGACGCUGUGACUCUCAAGCGCCAGCUGCUGCUCGGCCAGCAGCUUCGCGGUAACGCGCACUCGCUGCAUGUUCACGAACUUGCUACGUUAUUUAAUUGGGGCGCCAAUCAUUAUGACGAGCACAAGGAACGGUGUGAGCCGGUCUUCCGCGACAUGGAAAAUAAGUUCCCAAUGCUUUGCGAAGGUUUUGUUGUCAUGCCCGACGGCACAUGCGCGAUAGGCACCGCUGGCGAGGUUGCCCGUGCUAUUGGCAACAUAUACCAUCAGCUGUAUGACGCCUACCAUGGCGCCUUCCCUUCUGAAGACCCUUGCAGCCCUCUCGUGUAUGGCCCGCGCACGUUGACCAAGGACAGAACGCCGAUGUUUGAGCCAGCAAACGUGUUCACCUACAGCGGGUACGCCGCAAAUCAGCUCGAUGCAGUGCACCUGUAUGUAGAGGCAAGCCUGGAGUUCUACGAAAACAGGGAUUUUCCAGCCGAUAUCAUUGGGAGGUUGGGCGAGCGGAUCAUGAUGACAUGGGAUGUCCAACCCCUGCGUCAAUUUGUCCCGGUUGCCUUUGUGCACGGCAUGGCGGUCGACAUUCUCCUGUUUACGCGAGAAGGCUAUGUUUGCGUACCAUGCGGCACAGUUUUUGACAGCGCCUACGAAGAGAUCUCAAAUGACUGGAGUCAGCGCCUUGGCUUGCUUAAUUUUUGGUACAUCAUGAUGCAACCCGCACACAAGUUUGGCCACAUUGUCAACAUGGCUAGCCAGCCGCGGUACCUGGAGUUUAGCAUCGGCGCCAUGCAAGCAGCUAAAGUCACAGCAAUCAGUGAGCGCACGACUUCUGCCGUCGAUAUCAGCAAUGGUGUGCAGCCAGCCAUUGGUAUGCGUCCACGCGGGCCGUACACGAUCAAGGUGCUGUUUGGCAUAAAAAAAAAGCCUGCCACUCUCAAGCUUUGCUGGACUCCAGUUGAUAGUGUGCCCGAGGGGGUUUUCUACGAUAUACUCGCGGAGAGUGGCGUGCCGGGUAUUCCAGAAGUUCUUGGGAGUGGUGUCCUUGUCGGCAACUUUUUGGGCUACCGUUUCGAGUUCCUUGUCCUGAAGGACAUUGGUGAGUCGAUUGGUGCGCGUUUCCAGUCGCUUGCCAACCAGCCAUAUGAUUGCAAUAGGCUGUGCAGGCUUAUGAGGGAUGAAAUUGUUCAGGUCCUCAAAUGCCUCGUUAAGGCUAAGGAAGCAGGCGUCUUCCACCGCAACCUCACGCCGGACAACAUCUCCAAGCGCAAUACAACGGCAUUUGUCUCUGACUGGGGCUGCGCAAAGCUCGGCCCAAACGUGUGCCCCAGGGUCAAAGCCAGAGUGUCAAGGAAAUGGGGUCUUAAUAUUGACAAUCUGUCGCACGCCAGCAGAAACCGCUACAUAGCCGAGAGUAUGCCCUGCUUUGCCAGCAUCCGCAUGCUGAGGGGGCAUUUGGAUCACACCAUUUUAGACGAUGCUGAGUCGCUUCUAUAUGUCAUGACUGCUGCCUUCUCGGCUCUCGACACGGGCAGAAUUGACAUUAACACAUUUGCAUUCCAAAACGUGCACAGGAGCGCCCUGGCUAUACUCAAGGCCGGCGCAAUAUCCAAUGCCAUCGAGCUCCCACUUUGCUUUGGCGUCUCUGAGAUCAACACAAUCCGAGCUUUCAGUAUUCUUAACCCACUGCAUCGGCUUCUGUUCUAUCAUGACAACAACUACAUCGGGAACAUGCUUUUAAGCACUGGGACAGACAUGCGCACAGUCAGCGACAAGCAGAUAUGUGGUGUUUACGAGUGGUAUGAUUACAGGGAGAACGGCUGCUACGCUGCGGACUUGCCUAAGGAGCCAUCCGAUAGCGCCAAUUAUUCGAUUGCAUGCUCCUCGCUGCCCCCGGAAGCGUUGGCUUUUUUUGAUGCUUUGGGUAAUAUGGCACCCACCUCAUCCCCACAGCCUCAAACCUCCGUUUUCUCCUCUCCAGUUGGAAAUUGGCUCAAAACCUCGCCGGCCCCGCAGCCGUCGACAUCGACGUCGCAUGGUAGUUCGAAUGGCGCAGCUUCUGCCUCAGCUAUGCAGUCAAAGCCCGCUGUUUCUUUUAUUUCGGUUGGUAAUUGGUCCAAUGCCUUGCCAGCCCAGCAGCCGUCGACGUCAACGCUGGUGCUGCAUAAUGGUUUGAAUGGCGCGGCUCCUGUCUCAUCCCCGCAACCUCAACCCUUUGUCUUUUCCCCUCCAAUUGGAAAGUGGGCCAAUGCCUCGCCGGCCCCGCAGCCGUCGAUAUCAACCUCGCAUGGUAGUUUGAAUGGCGCAGUUUUUCCCUCAGCUUUGCAAGCAAAGUCUGCUGUUGCUUUUAUUCCGGUCGGAAAUUUGCUGAGUAGCUGGGCCAGUCUGCCGCCGGUGCAAUCAGACAACAGUCCGCAUGUUUCUACUCCAACUGCGAAUUUGCCUCAGCAGCUGUCUUUGAAUCCAGUUGACAAUUCAUCGACAACUCUGUCUCAAGACCCGCUGGCAUUGCCUUCAAACGAUAAUCCAGAUGAUUCAACUCUAGCUCUGCCCCCGCCUUUGUCAGCUGUUCAUGGUAUCACAAACUCAUCUAACGACGCACCGCAUCUUCUGCCAUUGGAUAAGAAUAGAGCAUACUAUCCGAUUCCAACUGACUCAACCUCAGCCCCAGCCCCAGCCCUAGACCUAGCUCCAGCUCCAGCUCCAGCUCCAGCUCCAGCUUCAGUUCCAGUUUCAAAUCCAGAUCCAACUUCAGCUCUAUCUCCGCUGUUGUUCGAUAACACUCCCACUUUGUACGACACGCAUCAGGCCCCGCAGGGUGCUGACAAUGCUAGUAAUUCUCUGACAGGCGCAGCGGAAUUGCUCCAGCCAUCACCAGUGCCGACAGUUCAAGAGACAGGCGACGCGUCUCUGCCGAAAACCCAGAGCUCAGAGAAAACCCCACCGGCGUCGCAGACCACAGACCACGCAAGUGCAAAUCCGGACACCGGCUUGGACUACUCUGGUGGGUCGGCACACACUUCAGACAAAAAUACGAGUUCCAGUACUAAGACCAAUGCGCCAAGCGAGCCUAGUAGGGGAACCAAGCGCAAGCGCCAGCUAGAAUGCAGCGAGUCUGAAGAGAACGACGACGACUAUGGUUGCACAAAGCUUGUGAUGUUUAGGCCGCGCAAGAUUAUUAGGAUAUGCUAGUUUAAUGGCAGCGGGAAAGCCAUUUUACUUUAAGAAAACCGGGACGCCGGCGGUUAUAAAUUUGGCAUUGAACCAUUCCGAG